AUGUCUAGUCCACCAAAGGUUCUGGUCACUGGCUCGUCGGGCCAUCUGGGCAAAGCGCUCAUGCUUACCCUGUCACACUACGGGUUCACUCCGACUGGCAUUGACAUCAAGCCCAGCCCGCUCACCACCCACGUCGGCACCAUCGCCGACCCGGACUUUGUCUCGUCCGUAUUCACGACGCUCCAUCCUGACGUAGAAUAUGUAAUCCACACUGCCACGUUGCACAAACCGCACAUUUGCUCGCACACAAAGGCGGACUUUAUCGCCACAAACAUCACGGGGACGUUGAAUCUGCUUGAAGCGAGCGUUGCGAGGCAAGGGGGGGUCAAGACUUUUGUUUUUAUCUCCACCACCUCUGCCUUUGGGGGCAGUCUGACGGCUGGACCUGGCUUACCGGCCGUGUGGAUUGAUGAGGGGGUGGUUCCCAAACCGAAGAAUGUCUAUGGGGUUACCAAGAUAAGUGCGGAGGAUGUGUGCGAGUUGGUUAACAAGGAGAGCGGGCUGCCGGUUGUGGUGUUGAGGACGAGUAGAUUCUUUCCCGAGGGGGAUGAUGACGAGGAGAGGAGGGGGAGUAUGGGGGAUGAUAAUUUGAAAGUGUUGGAGUUGGGCUACAGGAGGGUAGAUAUCGCUGAUGUAGUGGGGGCUUGCGUGAAAGCGAUGGAAAAGGGGCCGGGGUUGAAAGGGAAGUGGGGAAAGUACAUCAUUUCUGCGCCGACGGUGUUCAAAAGGGAGGAAGUAGUGUUGAAGGGGUUAGAUAGGGACGCUGGGGAAGAGUAUUGCAAGGCGGUGGAGGGGGCGAGGGAGGUUUUUGAAGGGAAGGGGUGGAAGUUUUUGAAGAGGGUGGAUCGGGUGUAUGAUAGUGAUUUGGCGAGGCGGGAGCUGGGGUGGGAGGCCGUGUAUACUUUUGAGAGGGCAGUAAAGAAGGUGAAGGAGGGAAAGGACUGGAGGAGUGAGUUGACGGGGAGGGUGGGGAAGUUGGGAUAUCAUGAUAUGUUUUGA